CCUUACUGGACAAAAUUUAGAAUCACAUCUUGCACUUUUUCUCUCACUUUUUCCAACCUUUCUUUAUUAUAUUCCCAUUUUUCCACCGCCACAUACCCCACCACCCCGCCUUACACCCCCGCCUUCUCUCCGGUGUAAAUUCACCGGAAAAAUCCUCUCUCUCUCAUCCAAUCCUCUACUCAUAUCACGCAAUAUUCGAAAAAAAUUAUAAUAACAACAGACAAAAAAAAAAAUUGUAAGAUUUUUUUUUUUUUUUUUUUACUAUGGGUGAAGAAGUGAAAAUUACCGAUGAUAAUGAUAAUAACCGUGUUGUUGAAUGGGAAGACGGACUUCCAAGUUUGGAUGAUUUAACGCCGUUAUCUACGUCGUUAAUUCCACCGCAACUCGCAUCAGCUUUUAGAAUCACAUCUGAACCGUCAAAAACAAUGACGGACGUUAAUCGCGCUUCGGAAAAUACGUUUUCUUCUCUCCAAAUUAUAUCCGAGAAGGAUAGAGUAAGGUUUCACAAUGAAGUUGAUGUAGAAAAAGAAGAAGAAGAAGAAGAAGAACUGGAUCUAACCGAUUCGAGGAAGACACGUAGGAUUGAGGAAGCAGCAGCAGCAGCAGUAACUGAUGAUGAUAAUAAUCUGUUUACUAGUAAGGCUUUAAAGAGGCCGAGAUUAGUGUGGACCCCACAGUUACAUAAGAGAUUUGUUGAUGUGGUAGCACAUUUAGGUAUUAAAAAUGCUGUACCUAAAACAAUUAUGCAACUUAUGAAUGUUGAAGGAUUAACAAGAGAAAAUGUAGCAAGUCAUUUACAGAAAUAUAGGUUGUAUUUAAAGAGAAUGCAAGGGUUAUCUAAUGAAGGACCUUCGAGUUCUGAUCAUUUGUUUGCGUCUACGCCCGUGCCUCAGAGUUUACAACAGCAGGGGAAUAAUGGUGGUAGUGGUAAUGGAGUUAAUAGUAGUGGUAAUAAUAAUGGUCAUAAUAUGGCUAUACCUAUGCCAAUGCCUAUGAUGUAUACGUCGCAGAUGAUGCCAAUGCCUAUGAUGGGAAUGUCAGGACAUGGAUUUCAUGGUCAUCCGUAUAAUAUAGCGCAACAGCGCGACUGGUCUGGAAAGAAAUUUGGUCCUUAUCAUGGUGAUAAAUAGUUACAGACAAGAAAAAGAGGGUUGGUUACUGGAUUUGUUCGUCAGAAAUCUCACUUGGUGGAAUGCAAAGUAGGAAAUCAAGUUAGAUCAUUUAGGUCUUUUUUUUAAAUUGUUUAGAUUUGGUAGAUUUUUAGGGACAAAAAGUUCAUAAAUUGCUCUAAGUUUCUUAGAGCCAGGUCAUAUCUGAUUGUAGCUUCUUAUUCAGAAUGGAUGUUAAAACAUAAUACAUGAUAAAUGUUGUUUCGAUAGCACUUAUCUUGAAAUAAAUUUGAGUUUCAUCAUCA